AGUGCAUCCAAACUGCAAGGCAUUUGCCAAACCAAUGGCAGACACCAAUCUCUUGGCUGCUCAAACUCCACUAUUACAUGACACCGUUGAUGCCUGCGUUGACUACAAAGGCCGCCCUGUCCGCCGCUCAAACUCUGGCGGUUGGCGAUCUGCUUCUUUCAUCAUCGCCGUUGAAAUUGCUGAGAGGUUUGCUUAUUAUGGAAUCUCUUCAAACCUUAUUACUUACUUGACGGGGCCUCUCGGCGAGUCCACUGCCGCCGCCGCUGCACAAGUUAACGCAUGGUCUGGGGCGGCGGCGCUUCUGCCUCUUUUGGGUGCAUUCAUUGCUGAUUCCUUUCUUGGCCGAUUCCGCACCAUCAUUCUUGCUUCCCUUCUUUACGUUUUGGGUCUUGGCUUGUUGACUCUGUCAGCUGCUCUUCCUUCUCUUCGGUUUCAAGUGAUACUAUUCUUCUUCUCACUGUAUCUAGUAGCAGUUGGACAAGGUGGGCACAAGCCGUGUGUUCAAGCUUUUGGUGCAGAUCAAUUUGAUAGACAAGAUCCGGAGGAGUGCAAAGCCCAGAGUUCUUUCUUCAAUUGGUGGUACUUUGGUAUAUGUGCUGGCACCUUCAUAACCCUUUGGAUUUUAACCUACAUCCAAGACAAUCUUAGUUGGGUUCUUGGAUUUGGGAUACCCACUAUUGUAAUGGUUGCUGGGCUGGUUGUUUUUCUGCUUGGAACGACUACUUACAGAUAUAGUACCAGAGGGGAUGAAGAAAGUCCAUUUGUGAGAAUUAGGCGAGUGUUUAUUUUGGCUGUUAAGAACCGGAAAACAGCAUCUUCUGCAAUUGCUGCGGAGGAAGAGGCCCGGGGAAUGCUUCCUACUCGAUGUUCCAAGCAAUUCAAGUUCCUCAAUAAAGCCUUGCUUGCUCCUGAUGGUUCAAAGGAACAAGGAAAGGUGUGUAGCAUCGGAGAGGUUGAAGAAGCGAAGACAGUAAUAAGGCUUGCACCAAUAUGGGCUUCAAGCUUGUUUUAUGCAAUUGUCUAUGCGCAAACAACGACAUUCUUUACCAAGCAAGGGGCUACCAUGGACAGAUCAAUUACAACAGGGUUCCAAAUACCUGCUGCUUCACUUCUGUCAUUUAUUAGCCUUACAAUUAUGAUCUUCAUUCCUAUAUAUGACCGCAUUUUUGUUCCUUUAGCAAGAGCGUUGACUGGGAUUCCAGGCGGAAUUACAAUGCUACAAAGAAUUGGAACCGGAAUGCUUCUAUCUGCCUUAUCAAUGUUAACUGCUGCUUUAGUAGAGAUGAUGAGACUUAGAACUGCUCAAGAAUGCGGGUUGGUAGACAAGCCAAACGUGACAGUUCCGAUGAGUGUGUGGUGGUUGGUCCCUCAAUACAUACUGUCUGGAUUGUCCGAUGUAUUUGCAAUGGUUGGUCUUCAAGAAUUUUUUUAUCAUCAGGUGCCUAAAGAAUUAAGGAGUGUGGGCCUUGCACUCUACCUUAGCAUCUUUGGAGUUGGAAGCUUUUUGAGUAGCUUUCUGAUCUCAGCCAUUGAGAAGAUGACCGCUGGGGAUGGUCGGGAUAGCUGGUUUGCGAAUAAUCUGAAUAGGGCACAUCUUGAUUACUUUUAUUGGCUGCUUGCUGUACUUAGUGCCAUUGGACUGGCUCUCUUUUUAUGUUCUACAAAAUCGUACAUCUAUGCCCGGGGAGCCACCUUAUAGAUUGAAGAACUCAGGCUUACAUCAGUUGCCUCUGCAAUCAUCUUUAAAAGGUGUCAUUCGA